GCCCGAGAAAUUUCGCACGUGAGCUAGGGUUUUAGAUCAAACGCUUGUUCUUCCUCUAAAACCCUUCUUUGUCUCUCCGAGAGCUGAGACCCAUAUCUGAACCGCCAUGAAUUAACAGAACUGAAUUCCCAUUUUCUCAUUUUCCAUUCCAAAACACUAAACCCUAAACCCUAAUUCUUCCACACUUCACCCCCCGCCAUGAUACGCUUGUCACCAAGAACCCCUUUCCUCUUCUAUUCUUCUUCAUUAUCAGCAUCGUUUUCAUCUGCUCCACGCGUUCUGUUCCUUCUUCAAGCCUCGCAUUUCUCAACCUCUUACAACCAUUCUUCGUUCUCUCAUUCGUCUUCCAAGCGCCACGAAGAGGAGUCCAAGAACGUGAGGGUUUCGGUGUGGUGGGACUUUGAGAAUUGCAGUUUGCCUAAUGGUGUGAAUGUUUACAAAGUGUCGCAUGCAAUUACUGCGGCCAUAAGGUCCAAUGGGAUAAAGGGUCCGGUCCAGAUUACGGCUUUUGGGGAUAUGUUGCAGCUCUCAAGGGUCAACCAGGAGGCCCUCUCUUCUACAGGGAUCAAUCUCACUCACAUUCCUCACGGUGGAAAGAACAGUGCAGAUAGGUCUCUUCUUUUAGAUCUUAUGUAUUGGGUCUCUCAAAAUCCUCCACCAGCACAUCUUUUUUUAAUUUCUGGUGACAGGGAUUUUGCUAGCAUUUUACAUAGGUUAAGAAUGAACAACUACAAUAUAUUGCUGGCCAGUCCGGAAUGUGCUCCAGGUGUCCUCUGCAGCGCUGCAAGUAUCAUGUGGCAUUGGCAAGAUUUACUUAGAGGGGAAAACCUUAUUGGAAAGCAUUUUAAUCAACCACCUGAUGGUCCAUAUGGUUCUUGGUAUGGUCAUUAUAAGGUGCCUCUUUCAAAUCCCUUCUCAGAUGUUGAGCAAGCAGCAUGUUCUCAGACUGAGGAAUCAUCUGAACCUGGGUCAGAUUGUAAGCUUCGUCCAAUUCCAAAGGCAUUUGUGAAGAAAGUUCGUUCUAUAUUGAACUCACAUCCUAAAGGACUACCCAUUACAGAUCUUCACUUGGAAUUGCAAAGAAGCAAUUGGACUGAUAAAGACUGGUAUGGAUAUAAAAAGUUUUCCCGCCUUCUGCUGUCAAUGCCACAUAUUGCACAGCUUAAAGCAAAUGGUGAUGGCCAAUUUAUGGUGCAUGGUACUACCUCCAAAUCUUCUGAAUCACUUGAGUGCAAUCCAGUUAUUCCAAUGGGACCUGCUAGUAAAAAUGCAGACACUGAUCUCAAUCUAUCUUCAAAGUUAAAUGCUGAUGGCAGAUCUAUUAAUGGAAGAGCAGAUAGGAAGACGUUUCCUGAGAAGUUGUCAAUAACUACAUCCGCUGACCUACAUGUAAAAGACGCAAUGGAAAAAGGACAGCUACACUCUCCUCUUGAUGAAAACGUUGAAAAAGUUAAUGGAGGAGCAGCAGAGAGGAAGAUAUCCCCUGAGAAGUUGCCAAUAUCUGCAUCACCAGACCUAAAUGUGAAAGACACUACAGAAAAAGUACAGCUGCACUCUCCCCUUGGUGGAAAGGUUGAAACAGUGAAUAACACACAAGAAUCAGAGAGUCCUCUGCCUGCUGUGGUCAAUCAAGAUUGUCCAUCUGAAGUUGGUUAUUUUAAGAGGGUUUGGAGGAAAUGGUUUGGCAGUAACAAUGAUGGUUCUAAGAGUGAAAAUGACAAAGCUCAAGAAAAAUAUUCUACUUCUGGUAAUGGUUCUGAGAAUAAAAGUCAAACUACACCAGAGAAACACUCUAUUUCUGAUGAUGGCUGUGGAAAGAGAAAAGAUGAGGAAAAUAAUUUGAAAUCAGCUAGUCAGGUUUUUGAUCAAGCAUAUCCAUCAUCUUCUUCAUCACAUGUUAAAUCAUCUCUGGACAACAGAACCACUAUAAGUGCUGGAGUGAAUGACAAUAUGUCUUGUACACGUCCUGGGAUUUUUAAUGGUAUAGUAGGUUGGUACAAGUCUUGGAGAAGUACCCCAAACACUGAUAAACUGAGUGAUCAUACCUAUGAUAGACCGAAUCUUACCGUUGAUCAUAGUGGAGAGCAUGAACUUUUUUCAAAGGAUUCAUUUUGGAGAGAUAUGGAAUCUUUUGUGGACUCACCUAAAGGAUCACUUAUUGUCUCUGAAUCAAGGACCAGGGAGCAAAUGGCACACAAUCUUAAGAAGGAAGGGCCUCUGGAUCUUAGACAUCUUGAUAAAAUUUAUCUACUUCAUUUGGUUGAUUUGUUAAUAUCAGAGAAGAAAUGGGUGGAAGAAUGCCCCUCCAAAAUGUUACCAUUCAAACUCACACAUGUUGGAAAGAGUUCUUUUUCAGAUUCUACUCAUGGUUCAAAUGGAUUGAGAUCUAUAUUUAUGGGUACAGCAUCACUGUCUGACAUGCCAAGUAUACCUGAACAUGAUAAAGAGGGAAGGUCUCAGAAUGUUUUUCACACCAAAGUUUCACAACCUAUAAUUAACAAGAAACGUUCAGUGAAGUUUAGAAGUAAGGAAUUGUUAUUGGCUGACUGUCAAAAGCUUGUAAAUGAGAUCGUGAAAGACCACCAGGGAGGAUACAGUAUAAUCUCUUUCAAGAAACUAUUCCUCAGGAGGCAUGGUUAUCAUCUUGAUUUUCAGAGGCUUGGUUAUGAAAAGUUGUCAUCACUGCUACAAAUAAUGUCUGGGGUAAAAAUAGAAUCAGGUUAUAUCCUUCCUUCUGAUGAGGCUGCAAAUAUUGUCAACUUGGAAAAUGCUUCUCUUGACAAGCAAGAUAGUAUAAUUCAUACUGGAACUAAUUCAAAUAAUGAACUAUCUAAUGCAUCAAUGGUGGAUGAUAAUUUGGCAUGGAGGAAGAGUAGUGAUUCUGACUCACCAUGGGAAGAACUGGGGCCUGUUGCCAACACAAGAUCCAACAAAAUUGACAGGGAACAUUUUAUGCCUAAGCAAGCUGUAGAAUUAGCAGAGAGACAUAUGGGUUUUGAUUACGAACCUUCCAUUUCAGAUGAUGAUUUUUCUGACUCAGAAGGAGAGACAUCACUUGUGCCUGAUUCAGAAAGGCAGAGGAAGGCCAGAAUGGUGAAUGAAGACAGUUCUCUACUUCAAAUUCUUGAUUCAUGGUAUGGCCCCAAGGAUGGUGACAAUAGCAGGGAUGAAUCAGACAACGUAGAUGGUAUGGUUGAUUGUUCUUCAGAUGUUGCAAAGCAACCUGGUUCUUUAGGGUCCAGGAGUGAAACUUUUUGGGGACACCAUGGAAGGAAACAUAGACUUCAAAAGAACUACUCUUUUGUUUCGGACCCAGUGAGUAAUAAAAAGGACAAGGACAAGGACAAGGACAAGGACAAGAUUCUUGAUGGGAUAUUAGGUAGCUUAAACAAAUCAAGUGAGCCAAGGGUAGAGGGUUAAAGUUCCUGAAAGAGUGAAAUCAAGGAAAUCAUUCAAGCGGCUAUUAGGUACAAAAGGUUAGGAAAUAUAGAAUUAUGAUGAUUAAUGGUUCAUUAAAGAAUAUGGUGAUGGUAAAUCACGGUUGGAGUGCUGCUAAAGUCAUCAAAUUUGUUUACCAAAUUUAGGAUACCAAGUUAUGUGGCAACAAUAUGUUUAUGGUUGAUAAACAAAUUUAGGAUAAUUUAACUCAUUAAAGCAAUGCCACAUAAUGUCAUAAUCAAUAUGGGUAAAUAAAUUUGGCAACUUUAGUAUUACUGAUCUUAGUCGAGCAUAGCUAAGGCUUCGUAUUUAGGUUUUUAAUCAUAAGUUUUAUGUUACUGUUAUAUUACUAUUGUUGUUGCUAAAGGCUGCUAUGGCAGUAUUUAGGACAAGUUGAUUUGCACAUAUAGGCUUCUCCAAAUGUUGUGUUAGAGAGCAUUCCCUCAUUUAAUGUGGAAUGCAAUCUUUUUGAAGAGCGUUCACUCUGAGGAAAUGAAUUUCGAUGA